AAUUAGUAAAAUUACUUUUAGUUACAAAAAUCAUUUUUUACAAAGCACUAAAUCUACCCACCACCAUUAAUUUAGUAGAAAAUGUCCGUUUCAUACGACUUCAGUGGCAAAGUGGCCCUGGUCACCGGUGCCAACACACGCGUUGCUGUGUCCACAGCCAUACUGUUCGCCAAAUCGGGCGCCAGUGUUGUAGUGAGCGGACAGUACGCCGACAACCGACUCACUACCGUAGCCAAUGAGUGUCGCAGUACUGGCGCUCAAGUACUGGAAAUGGCGGCCGACCCCACCCGAGAGGCAGACCUGCAAAAACUGGUCGACAAAACUAUGACGACUUUUGGCCGAAUCGACAUUUUGGUCAACUGUCCCGUCAGUCACGAGAACGCCUCCAUUACUGAGCCAUCAUUUAUGGCUAAGUAUAGGGAGACUAUGCACACAAACCUGGAGGCCAUGCUAUUCAUGACCAGCAUAUGUGUGGAGCAUCUGGAGAAGACCCGGGGCACCAUUAUCAACAUGUCCAGCAUUAGAGGAGCUCAUGCUAGUCCGAAAGAGUCGGCGUAUUGUAUGGCAAAGUCGGCGAUUGAUAUGUUCACCAAAUGUAUGGCCACUGAGUUGGGACCCAAAGGCAUACGAGUUAAUAACGUCAUGUUAGGCAACACUGGAGUGAAAAUCGAGAAGGGAGUGAUCGUUGACAUCCCUAUCUAUGCUAUACAUCACGACCCCGACCACUUUCCGGAUCCAUUUACCUUCAGCCCGGAUAGAUUUAUGCCGGACAACAGGGAUCACAUCCAACCCUAUACUUACCUCCCAUUCGGUUCGGGUCCACGAAAUUGCAUUGCAAUGCGAUUCGCGUUAUUGGAGGCAAAGCUCGUGUUGGCGGAGAUCUCGCAGAAGUUCCGCUUCUUCAGAGUCACCGACACUGACGUCCCCAUAGUCUUCACUAAGGAGUUCUCCAGAUGUCAGGCCAAACGGCUUGUUGUGGGCAUUCACAAGCGAUAA